GAAAUGGGACACAGUUCGACGAUCAGCUGACUGGAAUGUUGACAAAGUAAGUUUGAGCCCGGAAGAGCACCCUUUAAAGAUUGACAAUCGCCGAAAUGGUCCACACACGCGAGUCUUCAUACUUGCUAAUAGUACGAUUUAAUUAAUUACAAAUAAAAAUACUUAAUCAUUGAUUGCACUUAAGACGAUUAAACGUUCGUGCUUACGCUGCACAAGCGGAACAUCACUGGACGUGGAUUUUGCGGGAAGGUUUGGGAAAUUGGGAUAAAUCGCAAUGGACAUCCAGCAGGAGCGCAAGAGGCUGCUGGAUACUGACGGUCGAGAUGAUGAUCCUAGUGGUCUCAUAUCAGAGCAGGACGCUUAUCUCAGCAAAGUCAGCAACAGCAAGUUGUACCUGGCCACUUUGGCGUCCGUGCUGGGGCCCUUGAGUUUCGGUUUCGUGCUGGGCUACAGCUCGCCCGCUAUCCCGGAGCUGGCAGGGAGCACGGACCCCCGACUGCGGCUGAACCCGGUGCAGGCGUCCUGGUUUGGGUCGGUAGUGACGCUGGGGGCGGCGGCAGGGGGGCUGCUUACCGGCUGGAUAGUGGACAAGGCCGGCAGGAAGCUGACGCUCAUGUUCUGCUCGCUGCCUUUCGUCUUUGGCUUCACCGUCAUCAUCGCCGCCCAAGACGUGUGGAUGCUGUACGCCGGACGCGUGCUCACGGGCCUCGCUAGCGGAGGCGCAUCACUCGUUGUUCCGCUCUACAUCUCAGAGAUGGCUCACGAGCGUGUGCGAGGAAUGCUGGGCUCAUGCGUGCAGUUGAUGGUGGUGCUCGGCAUCAUGGGAGUCUACCUGGCUGGUCUGUUUAUGGACUGGCGCUGGCUAGCAGUGUGCGCAGCCGUGCCACCCACGCUGCUGAUUGCCUUCAUGUGCUUCAUGCCGGAGACGCCGCGCUUCCUGCUUUCGCAGGGCAAGCGACGUGAGGCGGAGGAGGCAUUGCGCUUUCUGCGGGGGCCUCACGCGGCGGUGGAGUGGGAGUGUGUCCGCAUAGAGGAUGCCUGCAACCAACAGGGUUCCAGCUUUCAUGUGUCUGACCUGAAGGAUGCCGGCGUGUAUAAGCCGCUAGUCAUCGGCGUUCUGUUGAUGGUCUUCCAGCAGAUGUCAGGCAUCAAUGCCGUCAUGUUCUACGCACAGAACAUCUUUGAGGAGGCACAUUUCAAGGAGAGCGACCUGGCCUCGGUGAUGGUCGGUGCAGUUCAGGUGUUCUUUACUGGUGUGGCAGCGCUCAUCAUGGACAAGGCGGGAAGAAAAGUGCUGCUCGUCAUUUCAGGCAUGGCCAUGGUGAUUAGCACGGCAGCGUUUGGGCUAUAUUUCUACAUGAUGUCCAGGAGUUCCUCGCCGGAGGAGCAUCAUGCCAGCAUGGCCUGGUUGGCCCUCUCCAGCAUGGUCGUCUUCAUCACUGGCUUCGCCUUGGGCUGGGGCCCCAUCCCAUGGUUGGUGAUGUCUGAAAUCUUCCCUGUAAAAGUUCGCGGAUUUGCUAGCGCUGUCUGUGUGCUGACUAAUUGGGGCAUGGCCUUCAUCGUCACCAAGAACUUCCAGGAUAUGAUGACUCUCCUCACCAGAGCAGGAACCUUCUGGCUUUUCUCUUGCAUGUGCCUCCUCAGCGUGGUCUUCACCAUCACCGUUGUGCCCGAAACAAAGGGCCGGACACUGGAGCAGAUCGAAGCCAACUUCCGAGGAACAGCGGGACCAUGACGAUUACCAGGAAUGUCAUUAAAAAAGACAUUCUCAUGUUCUCCAUCGCAGCAACGGUACGAGGAAGAACUGGUGUCACUCUUUGUCAAUCAAUUUACGAUCACCAGUGUGGGGGGAAAUGGAUGGGUCACUUUCUCCUGAUUUGUUCUGAAAGGAAGUUGAAAUGUUGUCUACAACUCAGGUAGGUUUUCUUAAAACUAACGAAUACCAACCGUCAUAGAAGUUAUACUUUAUGUUUCGUUAAGAUCAAAAUGUGAUGAACACUGACAGCAACUGGUGGAUUUCUAAACGAUCUAGCACAGGGGUGGUUUAAAUUGUGCCGAAGGCAAAAGUUUGCUCACCCAUGAUCUAGAUCCGGUUUUAUUAAUUAAACACAUUGCAACACAUCAAUGCAUUUCUUGAUUUCAUUGUCUUGGUUUAUGAAGAUUUGUGCAUUGUCAUUUAAGUGCAACAGGAUGAAAAUGAAGUUGAAAUUUGACUUGUGUUUGACAUGUUAAUUACUUUUUUUUGUGAAUUAUUAAUUGAAAAUAAAGUCAUUUAUUUACAAACUACAGACAUCUUUCAAAAAAGUUUAU